ACGCUCCAGACUGUCAACUUUAGUUUCCUUAGACUGACUAGUGCUGCUGUAUCACCUUAACAAGUUAGUAACAGCAGUCCAGAAGCCAUGCCGAGCCAAGCGGAGCAGUGGAUCCGCACUUCGAUGCGCACUCCGGGCAUUUUUAUCUUCGGAAUGGUCCUUGCCCCUUGCGGCUGGAUCCUAAACCUCACAGCGACAGUGGCUCCUAACUGGAGAACCAUCAACACUAUCGCCUUACUGCCGGUUGAUACGUUCCUACAACAAGGCAUCUGGGACAUAUGCAAGGUGUCCGACACAUCCCGAGUAAACCAAUGUAGCCAAAAGGACGAAGCGUACUUCAACAACCAGAUUAUAGUGGUCGCCCAGGGCUUGAUGGUAGCGUCUCUGAUAUUGACUCUGAUCGGGCUGGCCACGGCAACCCCCGGGGUAAGGUGCUGGAGAGACCGCCCGAACUGGACAGUAGCCGGGCUGGGGGGAAUGCUAAUCUUUCUGUCUGGAGUCUUGACGAUCAUCCCUAUUGCAUGGUACACUCAUAUCCUCAAGGACAUCGCCGCAUCCAGCACCGACAUUCGCGUCGGCUACUGUAUUAUUUUGGGAUACAUCGGGGGAAUCUUCGAGCUACUGGCCGGCUUGGUCAUGUUCAUUGGGAUAUGUCGUUGCUGUGGCGGUAAGAACCGCGGAGAGACGCGAGUCUCGGAGACCACAGCACACUUCAGAAACACCAAACCCCCAACGCGCCGCAUCGAGAUGCCGAGCAUAGCCCGAACCCGGAGUAGCGCUAGCAGCGUUCCCUACUCUAAAGACUCUAUGGAAGACGAGGCGGACUUCCCCCGGGCAAAGAGCACCUCGUACGGAGGAAGACGACCUGCUUAUGACGUUGAUCUGUGAGGACAUUAUGGUGAAGAGGGUCAGUUGCCAUUGAUGUGUGACAUGUGUUCUAUAGCACUACAUAGUAACGUUACAUAUCUACCAAUGAAGGACAUUUACCUCUACAUGUAGGCAUGUCGUUUUAACCAUAAAACUAGACCUAAUCUUGUUUGGGUGAAUAUGAUAGUAAUAUAAAUUKAUUCACACUUUUGGGAAUAUGCCUAUGAUGUGGCCUAUGGCAUGUUAGUAUUUGAAGAUGUAACAUUAUUUACAAAUGACAAUGCCAGCUCCAUAGAACAUGGAAUAUAGUGCCUUCGGAAAGUAUUCAGACCCCUUGACUUUUUCUACAUUUUGUUAGGUUACAACCCUAUUAUAAAAUUGAUUAAAUUGUUUUUUCCCCAUCAAUCUACACACACUACCCUGUAAUGGCAAUGCAAAAACAGACUUUUAGAAAUGUUUGCUAAUUUAUAAAAAAUAAAAUCACAUUUACGUAAGUA